CUGAGUCCUCUUCCACCCUAGCUCGUCACCAUGGCGACUCCAGAUGUGAAGCUGUUUGGGAAAUGGUCUUUUGAGGACAUUGAGGUCCAGGACAUUUCCCUGGAGGACUACAUCGCCGUGAAGACUAAGUAUGCGGUCUACGUGCCGCACACGGCUGGGCGCUACCAGAAGAAGCGCUUUCGCAAGGCGCUUUGCCCGAUUGUUGAGAGGCUGUGCAACUCGCUGAUGAUGCACGGCCGCAACAACGGCAAGAAGUUGAUGGCGGUCCGGAUUGUGAAGCACGCCUUCGACAUCAUUCACCUGCUGACGGAUCAGAACCCUAUCCAGGUGCUAGUGGACGCCAUUAUCAACAGUGGACCGCGUGAGGAUGCGACCCGCAUUGGCUCGGCUGGUGUGGUCCGCCGUCAGGCUGUCGAUAUCUCGCCAUUGCGCCGCGUGAACCAGGCUAUUUACCUGCUCACGACCGGCGCUCGCGAGGCCGCGUUCCGCAACAUUAAGACGAUUGCGGAGUGCCUGGCUGACGAGCUGGUAAACGCCGCCAAGGGCUCGUCUAACAGCUACGCGAUUAAAAAGAAGGACGAGAUUGAGCGCGUGGCCAAGGCCAACCGCUAAAGCAGUUGCAGCUGCAGGGAGGGAGCAGAUGCUACAGCAGCGUGUUUUGUGGGUUAUGGCGUUUGGCCAUCCAGGGCGUGUUGCUGUAAAAACCGAUACCGCUGUAGCUUAUGGCAGUCCAUUCUCACAGUGUGCUGCCCUGGCCUAUCGAUAGCCUUGCGUAGUUACACUAAGCUUCAAUCACACACAACCCCACCAGUCGUAAGAGAAAAGUUCACGUAUAGAGUGUAACUCGCUGCCAG